GGAAGAAGUAAGAAGAGGAGGAGGAAGAGAUGGGGAAAAAAAAGCAAAGGAGGAGGAGUAGAAGUAGGAGUAGGAGGAGUUUGUUUGUUGACAUCGGGCGAAAACGAAAAUCAGAUGAGUGAAGACUGGUGAUAAUAACUGAAUUUCUCGCCAUCAUCAGGACACAGAUCCUUGGCGACAGCUCAGGUAGAGCUCUGCCUGAUGAGCCUGCUCUGUCACACCGCUGACCAGCUGCUCCCAGCCGGUCCCCUGCACUGCCCUGUCUUUGAUCUGAGCCGGAGAAGAAGAGGCUAACAUGGCAGCCAAAGCAGGAGACAACCCUGACAGCCUCAUGACUCUGGCAACGGUCUUCUGCCUGAGGAACCUCAGGAAGACCAUGUGCUACCAGGGAGUCAGCAACAAACUCUGUCUGCGCUCAGACAUCUUCCUUCCCAGCGAAAUCUGCGACAAGUUGGUCAACACAUACAUGGAGUUGGUCCACACAGACAGUAACUUUGAACCAGAGGAGAGCUUCUUUCAACUAUUCUCAGACCCUCGAAGCACCAGGCUGACCAGGGUACAGCUGAGAGAAGACUUUGUACGUGACAGAGACCUGGAGGCUAUUAGAAAACAGGACCUGAUUGAGCUCCACCUCACCUACUGCAACAGUCUGUCAUCCCGCAGCUUGAAAACACUGACCUGCUUCCGUGAGACUUUGGUCUCUCUUUGUCUCUUCGGCUGCAGUCGGAUCUUCUACAGGAAAGGUGGUGCCCCGCUCGCCUGCGGCGAAGAUACAGAGGACGAGGAGGAGGAGAGCCCUGUCUCUCAGCAGGCAUUAGAGACGGACUUUAACUUCCAGGGGUUCAACCGCCUCAGGUUGCUCAACCUGGGUGGCCUACCUGAUGAGGUGGAUGCUGAGACCCUGCUCAAACCCCUGAAGUCACUCACCUUACUAGAUCUGUCUAAUGUACAGUUGCUGGGAACAGCCUUUCUGACCCAGUGGAAAGACAGACUGGCAUCUCUUGUUCUCUACAAUGUGGACCUGUCAGAGGAGUUGGUCAGUACUGUGGUGGAACUUGUCAAUCUCAGGCAUCUUGACAUCUCGCGGGAGAGCAGACGGACCUCUAAGUCCAAGAUGAACAGGAAAAUCCUGACGGCCAUUGUCCAGUGUCUGGUCAACCUGGUAUCACUGGACAUCUCAGGUCACAUCAUGCUCGACAACUGCACAGUUCCACACUUUGAAGAAGCUAUGGGUCGGCCAAGCAUUGAGCCGUGCAAGAGCAGUAUCUACCCUUUCCAAGAGCUGAAGAGGCCCCUGCAGUUUCUGGGCUUAUACGACACAACCCUUUGUAAUGUGACACACAUCCCUGCUUAUAAGGUGACUGGAUCAAAGAAUGAAGACCAGGUCCUAAAUGCCAUUGAGACUUACACAGAGUUUCGUCCUGAGCUGGCACACAGAGCCAUCAAUCAGCUGUUUGACAUCGCCAGGAUACAACACUGCAGCCAGCUGCUCCGAGCUUUACAACUUGUCAUAGCAGCAUUGAAAUGCCAUAAAUACGAUAAGAGCAUCCAGGUGACAGGCAGCGCCGCUCUUUUCUACCUGACCAACACAGAGUACCGCAGUGAUCAGAGCGUGCGGUUGCGCCGAGAAGUCAUUGAAGUGGUACUCAAUGGAAUGGAGCAGUACCAGGAGGUCACUGUCCAGAGGAACUGCUGCUUGACUCUGUGUAACUUCAGUAUUCCAGAGGAGCUGGAGUUCCAGUACAGUCGCGUCAACCAGCUGCUGCUGAAAAUCCUGGAGCCGGCCAGGCAGGAGGAGUCCAUCCAGAGAAUCGCCGUGCACCUCUGCAAUGCUUUGGUCUGCCAGGUGGACAACCAUCACAAGGAAGCUGUGGGAAAGAUGGGAUUUGUCAAGACCAUGUUGAAUUUAAUUCAGAAGAAGCUACAGGACAGAAUGUGUGACCAGGUGAUGGAGUUUUCCUGGAGCGCUCUGUGGAACAUCACUGAUGAGACGCCCGACAACUGUCAGAUGUUCCUCAACUGUCGGGGAAUGAGUCUGUUUCUGGAGUGUCUACAGGAGUUUCCAGACAAGCAGGAGCUGCACCGCAACAUGCUGGGGCUUUUGGGAAAUGUUGCUGAGGUCAAAGCUCUGAGGCCACAGCUGCUCACCCCACAGUUCAUUACUGUAUUCAGUAACCUGCUGGACAGUAAGGCAGACGGGAUCGAGGUGUCAUACAACGCAUGCGGCGUGCUUUCACACAUCAUGUUUGACGGGCCGGAGGUUUGGUCGAUGGAAGAGCCACGAAGAGACACAGUGAUGGACAAGAUGUGGGACGCCAUCCAGAGCUGGGACGUCAGCUCACGCCGCAACAUCAACUACAGGUCAUUCGAGCCCAUCUUGCGACUGCUGCCUCAGAGCAUCUCACCUGUCAGUCAGCACUGGGCCACAUGGGCUCUCUACAACCUGGUGUCAGUUUACCCAAGCAAGUAUUGUCCUCUGCUGAUAAAAGAAGGAGGAAUAAGCCUUCUGGAGAAAGUUUUGGAACUGGACAGCUCACAGCCAGAGACCAAGGACAUGGCCAGGAAAGUAAUGGAGCAGUGUGAAAACUUCAAAGAAGACCCCAUGGAAACAAAUCAUGGACAGGAGGUAAACUAUGGACAAAGAGGUUGAACCACAGGAGCCCUGGUUCCCUGCAAACAUCAAGCAAACCAACCUAAGGCCCCCUCCUACUGUCAUCACCACAAGGGUCAAUGUGUGCAUUCUUCUUCUUCUUAUCAUUAUUAUUAUUAUUAUUAUUUUGUAGAGCAGAACCGUGUCUCUGACCCUCUUCACAGCAGUUUGGACAAAAACUUAAUAUAUGACACAUAGGAGUUAAGAUGUGGUGCAUGGUGUUUUUUUGUGAGGGUGCUCACCUUUGCUGCACAUAAGCAUCUCUUCUGUUGGGGAUGGGUUUGUGGGGGUGGGUGAUUGUUAUCUCUAAGUGUGUGUGUGUGUGUGUGCGCGUGUAUGUGUGUGUGUGCGUGUGUGUGUGUGUGCGUGUGUGUGUCAAAGAUUUAAUGACAGAACAAAACAGUUGGAGUGACACAUGAUUCUCAGCGGAAGGACACAAAAGCCCUCCGCAGCUCACUACCGUAAACUGUGUGACAUUGAACGAAAGGCUAAAAGGCCAUGCAGUGUGCUGCACCGCCUGCAGAGGUGGCAGCUCUCACCCUGCUCUCUCACAGUCGCUCAUGCUUGUGGAGGCCACUGAACUGUGGACACGUGUACAGUGAAAAUUAGCCAUCAUGCGUGUAGGCUGCAGAGAAGCAUCAUACUGAUGUCGGGAGAGAAGUCUUCCCAGAUGGACUUCUUUGUUAUAUAUGUAAAUAUUCUCUGUUUUGUCUCAUCCUUUUACUGUGUGUAUGUUUUAUAAUAUAACUGUAAACACUCAUGACUUUACUCCGUAUUUAAAUUUGUUUAGAUUUGACUGACGUGUGGUCAGUGCUAAGAAACUAUAUACAGAAUACCCAAUCAUUCAAAUGUAGUCUAGCAAUCCUGGAUACUCUUUUAACGGAUAAUUUAGAUGUAGUUCAACCUCUGUUCUCUUUUUAUUAUCUGGCAUUUUAACCUCAUUCUGUUCAUUAUUCUUACCGGAAACAGUAGUGAGCUUCAACUAUCAGUGAGGUCAGAGCACCUAAAGCAGAUACACUAUGUGGCCAAAAGUAUGCGGACACCACAGGCCACCAUGCGCAAAGCCAAGUAUUUAUAGAAUUUUUUUUUUUUUUUCCAGUUUGGCAUGGAAGAACAUGACAUAGCCUUGACCGUAACCCCACCCUUCAUGGUGAACAGGAAUGCGGACUGUGAGCCAGACCUUUAGGAUCAUUUUAUGCUCAAUCAGGACUAGUUUGCAUGCAGUGCUUAUAGUUCAGAACACUCGAAGGCAGAGUGAAAAGUUAGACAUCAUAGAGAGGAGGGAGAUAUCAUUUAAACAGGGCACACAUUUCCUCAAUGUCUUCAUGGUGUGGUGCACUCAGUUUUUCACAGGAUUUUGAACAGGGGCAGAAUUAUAUUGUGUAAAGAAUAAAAACAGCUCCACACAGCUGGCCAAUCACAGCAUGAAGUGGGUGUGAAUGUCGGAUUGUUAUUGAAAUGGCAACACACAGCCUCCCCGAUCCAACGUUGGAAAGGUUGUGAGUAGGAGGUUUCCGAAGCUAUUCAACCGACAUCAUCACUCGACCUUUCUGUUGGACCUCACUAACGCUCUUGUGGCUGAAUGGGAGCAAAUCCCUGCAGCCAGGUUCCAACAUCUGGUGAAAAGUCUGAAACCAGAAGACUGGCAGAUGUUAGAGCAGCCCAUAGUUUCGAAACAUGUCAACAAUCAUUUAUGGUUGGAAUGUUCAGGUGUCCAUACACUUUUGGCAAAAAAGUGCUGAUGAGCUUUUAAUUUACAUGUUUGUGGCCUUUUGUUUCUGCUCACUCAGUACCUCAUUGAUACUAGAUACUGGAUGGUGGUGGGCCCAACACAACUCACAAUGGUCAGAUUACUGCUGUUAUCUCUCUGCAUCAACCAUAUGGUGAGUUGUCAUCAAAGCAGAGAUUUGGCGGUCUCUUUAGACAGGAUUUCACACUGUAGAUGACCGCUUUGUCGUGACUAUAUAGUUCAACAUACAUACAUGUUAUGAACAUGUAACACUACAGGCAGCAUCUCAAAUCAUCUCCAGUGUUUUGUCCUCAAGCUCGACCUUGCUCCCAGUGGCCAAGUACGAUGCCAGGAAAUAAAAAAGAAGAGGUUGAAAAAAAAACAAUUGUCCUUUAACAAUACCUGAUGACUCAUCAGUUUUACUGGUUGGUCAACAUGCUGCUAACUAACUGCUUCACUUAAGUCAAACACUUUUCUCCUGAAAAGCUAAUGGGAGAAAAAAAAAUCACAUGUUUAAAGUUGAAAAUGGGAUGAUCUGUUCAGGAAGUAAUGUCUGGCUCUCAGAAAUAAGAUUCAGUCAUCACAGAGGAGGGAGGAUGAGUUGAUUUUGACCGGGAAUAAACGAGAAGACGUUUGAUUCCCAACUCUACUGAACAUUUUGCCAGCAGGUUAAAUUUCAGCUUGAGCUAUCACAGCUCUCACCCUCAUGUAAACCGAUUUGUUUUUGACUUAAGUUUACUCGACCUUUUUCUUAACCCAAAUCAAAGACUUAAUUCUCUCCAUUUGCUGUUAUAAGGUACCCUGUGGAGUUCUCUUGUAAAAAAAAAAAAAAAAAAGCACAUUUAUGUUUACAUUAACUGUUUCUCACCAAAACACGUUGUGUGUAUGCUUGAGGUUUACCAGAUAUCUUGAAUGCAUUUCCUCAUAAAUAUGUUGAAAACCAAUUUAAAAAAAAAAAACAACAACCUGCAAAUGUUUGUUAGCUCACAGCCUUCUUCUUUGCCUUUGCUGGCACGUUGCUAUGUUUCUUGGCGCAUUACUGCCGCCAACUUUCAAUGAGCGGAAUCGUGUAAAACUGCAAUGUAUAUACAGCACUGUCCAUGUGCUCUUGUAUAUAUAUAUGCACUUUCAUGCAAGCCCAACAAAACAGAAUGCAUUCAUAAAAACAGUGCACAAAAAUUCCACAGGGUACCUUAAACAUGACCCCAAGUAACAAGUUAAUCCACAGGCAUUUUUCACUGUAUGACACUGAUACAUUUACUGGAAGUGUUGAAUUAGGACAUACCAUUGCAAACAGAAUUCACAUUAGUCCCAAAUAUCAAAGGCAAUAUCUUAUAUUCAGAACAAAAAAAAAAACAAAUCUCAACAGUAGCUGUCUGAAUAGGGAACAAUAGCUUUAGUUUAGAGAGUGGAACAUACCAGUGAGGCAUAGAAAUACACCGAAUUUUACACUUUUUAAAAACAUGUUUUAACACUUUAAUUAUAAACCGUGCAGGUCAUCUCAUUUUAGUUCAGUUCAGAAGUACAACAGACUCAACAUGUCUUCCAUUGUUUACCAUAAUGAGAUGGAUAUAAAGAAGGCCACAAAUAGUACGCAGCAGGAGUUCUCAUAUUCACAGGACAGUAAAUGAUGCACCCAUGAAAAAUGUCACUGUAAUAUGACUCACAUAAGGCAGACUUCUUAUUUACAUCUCCUCGCUUAUAACAAUAGUGAGCAGAAAAAUGAUUUAGGGGUAAAAAAGUUGUAUAUUUAUUCAGUUUGUCACAAUAUUAUAGUUGUCAUUUCAGAGUGUUGGUUAGGGAUGCAACAAUUAUUUCCAUUAUUGAUUAAUGUAUUGAUUAUUUUUUCAACGAACUGAUUAAUUGAUAAGUCUAUAAAGUGUCAGAAAAUAGUGAAAAAAAAUACCUGUUCCCAAAGACCUGCAAUUUUUUUGUGUUGUCCAACCAAAAGUCCAAACCCCUAAAAUAUUCUAUAUACACUGAUUAUAACAGAAAUGCUGCAAAUUCUCACAUUUAAGCUGUAACCAGAGAAUGUUUGGCUUUUUUUUUACUUGAUAAAUAACUUACAAUUAAUUAUUAAAAUUGUUGUCAGUUGAUCUAGUGUGAGUUCACUCACAUGAACUGAGAAAGGAGUUAUUGUUAACUUUUACAUUGAUCAAAAACAUUCUAAUUUUUCCACACUCACCAGCCACAAGCAUGUCGCUUGCAUGUCAAGAAGUUCUGUCGGCAGCGCACAGUUCCAUUGAUGUACUCUGUGUUUGAAUACAGCUAUUUGUUUAGGUGCUGUCUUUCCACCUUGCUUUAAUCCUCAUAACAUUGCAUUAUUGCAAUUGUAGUCCUGAGUUUCACCAGGGAUUCCCAGGACUUUUCAUAAUGAUGCCAGUAAAGGAACAUGCAUCACCAAGUUAGAUUUCAUAUCAACAUGAAAAAAAGUUUUUUCUCCUCAAACUCUAACAUGUGUUGGUUUAGAUGAACCAGGUCAGAUAUAUUGCACAGUGGUUUCUAACAUGUUGCACACUGGCACCACAGUGUGUGUAGCUGGAGCUGGUUCCCAGUAUCAGCCUCUGUACAGUGUGUCACUCUCAGUUUCCUACAUGAAUACAGUUAACUAUUUUGUUCAUGAGUGAUGCCUAACUGAUGUUUGUUUUUUAAAGCUAUAUCAUAUCAGUUGAUGCUCCGUGUUGGGUUUACUCCCUGACUUGCGUUCCUUGUUCUCAUGUACAGUUUUUCUUUGUGUGAUUUAUGGGAAUCUUGCAUUGGUACUUGCGUUGGUACAGCUCUGUUUCUAUUGCUAUUUUCACAUUCACGUAGGCAAUUGAUGUGAAAUGAAAAGCUUUAUUAGAGACUCACUUCAUGUUUCUGUCUAGAGUUCAAAUGUGUGGAUAUUAAGGGGAUUUAUCACGAUUUCACAUAUGAUCAAAACAAAAAGCUGUUAAUCAUCAUGAGUUUUUAAGUUCUUAAGAAUGACACAGUGUCAUUGUGGGGGUGGUAGUUUACGUGUGCAAUUCUCUCCAGAGAAAGUGUUGGACAUCUUUACUACAAUAUCCACCACUUAUUCUCUUUCAUUUGAAGUCAUUGAAUGUUUCAAUUUAUGCUUUUCUGGAAGAAAUUAUGUUGAGAGUUGAAAAAGCGCAUGGAUGUCAGUGACAGGUAGCUACUGUCGGGAGUUGACUGUUCCUGAUUAUUUAUAAAGUUAUAUGUGCUGAAAAAAAAAAACAAGUUAAAGGUAAAUAUUGCUUCAGGAGAACUGCUGUGUCACAAACUGUUUUCAAAUUUCAUCUACUAAUUUCAUAAUGUUUCUGAAGUCUGUCGACACUCUUACUGAUUUCUUUUGUAACUGCUGAUAAGUGUAAUCCAAAACUGAGUGAAGAACAUUUGAUCCAAACAGUAUGGAAUUCCAGUUUUUUUUUCCUGAUCAAAAUAGUACCAGGCCAUUAGUGUAAAGAUAUGAAUAAGCAAUAAAGAUGGAGUGGUAAAAACA